AUGUGUGUUGAAAUUCCCGACGAAGAAACCGACAGAAAGAUGUACCAGUUGGUGGAGAAGUAUAUGAUACAUGGACCGCUCGGUCAGGCGAAUUUGAAAUCUCCAUGUAUAAAGAAUCGAGUUUGCACGAAGCCAUUUCCAAAGCCAUUUGUGCAGCUAACUGAGUUAGAUGCAGAUGAUUUAUCUGUAUCAGAUGAAAGCUUGAUGAACUAUACUUUCACUGAAAAAGAGAAAAUAUUGCAAAGUAAUAGUAAAAGUCUACGUAAUUACGCCCCCAUGCCAGUUCCAAUCGAAUUCGCGGUGGAGGACACAGUAAACAUAUUGGUCUUAGAUGAACUGGAUUACGAUCGGUUUGAAAUGGGUAGAGAACUUCAACGGUGUCUUGCCUCAAUAACAGAUGAGCAGAGAAAGUUUUAUGAUGUAGUCAUGGAUGAUGUAUCCAAUGACCGAGGUGGAAUGUUCUUUCUAUAUGGUCAUGGUGGAACUGGAAAGACGUUUCUCUGGAAAACUCUUUCGGCUGCCUUCCGUUCCAAGGGAGAGAUUGUAAUUAAUGUUGCAUCGAGUGCGCUUGACAAAACAAUGAAGUCACUAUUACAUGUAGACAUACCGUUUGGUGGUAAGGUGGUUGUUCUUGGAAGAGAUUUUAGGCAGAUUUUACCGGUUGUACUGAAAGCAUCAAGGCAGGACAUAGUAAGAGAAUUCGGAGACUGGAUACUGAAGGUUGGUAAUGGGGAUGGUGGGGAACAAAAUGAUGGUGAAGCAUCGCUAGAGAUUCCCGAUGACAUGCUGAUUGGUGAUUCAAAAGAUCCAUUCAAAGACUUACUAGACUUCGUUUAUCCGGAUUUGUUGAGUAACAUGUAUGAUCCAGAUUAUUAUCAAGGGAGGACAAUUCUUGCACCAACUAAUGAAUGCGUCGAGUCUGUGAACUAUCACUUAAUGUAUCUCCUUCCAGGUGAGGAGAAGUUGUACCUGAGCUCAGAUAGUAUGUGUAGGGACGAGCAAACAACGAAGGAUAAUGCAGAAAUCUAUUCGACUGAAUUCCUCAACACAAUAAGAUACUCCGGAGUUCCUUCUCAUGUAUUGAAGUUCAAGGUCGGUGCACCGGUUAUGCUAAUAAGAAACAUCGAUCAAGCUAGAAUCCUGUGCAAUGGGACAAGACUUCAAAUUAUUAGAACCGGCAUUCACGUUCUGACUUGCAAAUUUUUUUCCGGUAAAAAUAUCAGUGACAUGGAGUUCAUUCCUCGGAUGACUUUAAUACCAUCUAAUUCUGGACUGCCAAUUAAAUCCGAAGAAGAUAGUUUCCGUUGA